CCAUUCUAGCGUACCCCGUCGACGGCCAAUUUGCCCGGCACCUCUCCGCGUCCCAUGCUUACAUCUCGGGCAGCUUACCCAUGCCUCGUCCUCAUCCUCAACGUAUCAGGCGCUGUCAGCUCGGGCGCCCUGGGCCUGCCGACGGGCGACUUGGCCAUGAAGAGUCUACACCACAGCGGCUAAUGCAUGGCCUUGGGUUCGAACUUUGCGGCCUGGAAAUGUCGAAACAAGACCAUUGACGCCAGCUUCAGAGCUUGGCCCAAUCCUACCGGGUCGGCACGUCGAAGACUCCACAUUUGGUCAGCAGUACUGGUAGAAUCAGUCAGAUCGGAGAAGAGUUAGUCAAGUCGGAGAAGAAUUAGUGACAUCGGAGAAGUAUUUGCUCACGCCGGCGAGGAACUCACUUCUAUGCCGUAUAAAGACGGAAGCCCGUCAACCCUCGAUCAUCCCCAACUUAUCUCCAUUACCCCGGGUCCUUCACCAUGGCAGACCUCCGCACCGCCCUCCCAGCAACAUGCGACGUCCUGGUCCCCACCCCAGACACAAAAGUAGAUGAGCUCCUUCCCAACCGCUGGUCUCGCACCCUCAUCUCCGCCCCCCAUGCCAUCGUAAUCCCAACCACCAUACCGGACAUCGUCGCCACAAUCAAAUACGCUACUUCCCAUGACCUAAAGCUCAUUCCCAGCGGAGGUGCCAGAGGCUUCUUCGUGCCCAUCACCCACGACGUCAUCUACCUCGACCUCCGCCACUUCUCUUCUUUUCAACUCAACGAGGAGAAGAGGGAAGUCACUUUCGGCGGUGGCUGUAUCUCUGGCCCACUACUGAAAGGUCUUGCGGAGAAAGGGUGGUACACUGGAACACCGAGCGGGAAUGGUGUCGGCAUGACGGGCGCUCUACUGGGCGGUCUGAAUCAUCCGCUUGUGGGGCUACAUGGGAUGGGUCGGGAUAUGGUAAAGAGCUUCACCAUUGUGCCGUUUAGCAUGCCUUAUGGGGGAGAACUUGGGGCUGUGACUGUGACUCGAGACUCUGAGAACGAGGAGAAAAAACUGUUCGAUGUAUUGAGGGGCGCGGGCCAUGGGAUGGGUGUUGUGGUCAGCGCGACGAUGGAGGCGCAUCCGCUUGCAGGCCUGGAGCUGGAAGGGCGUGACAAGGUGUGGCAGCGUACGCUGGCCUUCCCGCCCAACGCCAUCGACGCCGCAGGCGAUGCGUAUUUGGCUCUCCACACCCACGCCCCGCCCAAUUUGAGCUUUUUCAUUGGCUUCAUGCGCGCGCCACCGAAUGCCCCCCGUCCCGGAGCGCCUGUCAUCCUCCUCGCUGUAUCUUUCUUUGGACCUGUUGCAACAGCAGAGAUAGCCACAUCCAUCACCUUCUCCGACGCCGUGCUUUCGAAAACCGUAAACGCCACCACGACACUGACACCGUUCGGCGACAUCCACAACGCGCUCGAUCCACUCAAUGCUCCCGGCGGGUAUAAAGAGCUCCACGGCGCGUCCGUCAAGUCUAUCCGCGCGUCCAGCCUGACCCGCGCCUUCGCAUCGUUCCUGUCUUACACUGACGGCAGGCCCGAGCUGUUUGGAACCGCGGUCAUUUUCCCAGCAUCGAACACCGCGAAGUCCGAGUCUCUAGCUGCGAAAGAAGACUUCUACAACCCGCGCGAUCGCGGAAUAUUUGUGCAGGUCAAGACUUCGUGCCCGGCUGCCGACGACAAAGACGAGGCUGAUGCGUUUGCUAAGUCCGUACAUGAGAUCGCGCGGGAGGAAGAUAGGAAAGCUGGAAGAAGGGACUGGGGUUUUGCGAAUAACAUGGUUGAGGGCAUGGACCUGAAGGACGUGUAUACCCCCGAGCAAAUCGGCGAAAUCGCCCGAGUGGCCAGUUUCUGGAAUAAGGGCGGCGUGGGGUGGUGUCCGACCGCGGCGGCGUGGCGGUGGUACACGUGGAGUAGGGAGAACGGCGGGAAGCCCGGGACAAUUCUGCAGGCUUUGGUGGAUGAGGUGGGUCCGUGAGGAUUGACAAUUUCGCGUGUGUCGGAGAGAAGGUACAAUAGUAGUACGAUGAGGUGCCCAAGGAAAAAUACUUGAAACGGUACUUCAUGUUGAUGAGCAUAGCAUCGUAUGUGUGCCAGGUAGCCGCCUCGACUUCGCCGUUCAAGCGCUCUGCAACCUCGAGCUUGCCCGCGCAG